UCAAUGAAGCAAGCAAUCAAUGGCGACGGGGGAGAAAAAGAACAUGUCUGACUUUAGUGUUUGCCUUUCACGAAACAUUUAUUAUUUCAUAUUGUCCCAUUUACAAGCUUCUUAUCGUGCUAUAAAGUAUCAUACGGAACAACUUCCUUCCCGUGAUUAUUAUAAUAUUCGAGGUUGAGGGAGGUGAACAUUCGACCUUGAUGUGGUUAUCAGUAUCCAACACAUUGUAUGCAGAUAAUAGUGAAACGGAGAUAAGAUUUAGACCAGACGUCGACAGACGCACAUUGAUCAUCAACUUUAAUGACAGCACAUAUAAGACAGCCGUGUUGUUACACAAAUACCGAAACAGCAAGUGCUGGCAACUCAUCUUAUUUUUUUUUUAAUAUUUUAAAGAGGCAGUAUGUAUCCGUCUGGAAGCUAGUUCUGCUCUCUAUAUCAGUCAUCUGCUAAAAUGUGAGAGAAACGGAGUUGUAGCUCGUGUCUAAAUGAGAACAGACGCAUACUUAUGGGAGUGGCGAGUUAGAAAUAAAAGAGGUUAAUAGGGAUAGAUAGAAUGGAAGAGCAGCAGAGCCCAUCAAAAGAAGAGAAGGAAGAUGGGGAACUGGAGGAGGGAGAGCUGGAAGAGGACGAGGUGGAGGAGCCCUCUCCAAGCAAAGGCCAGGGGGACGGGGGCGUGGCUGGCAGUAAAGGUGGCUCAGAGGGUAACGCCCACACGCCCAUAGUCCCAGAUGUAAAGGAUGAGGGAAAGAAGGAGAGAAGAGAGAGUAUACAUAAGGAGGAGAAGAAGAGGAAACACAGGGAUGAUGAAGAGGAAAAGAGAAAAAAGAAAAAAAAGAAAAGGAAACAUGUGAAUAGUGAGGAAGAGGAAGAUUCCACAAACCCAAAACUUCACCCACACAAAAUGAUUGUCCCAACAUUUGACAAGAAUAUGGAGUUUGAUGCAAUGCUGCAGCAAGAAAUGCUUCUGCGUGGGCGUUCUCCUCCUCCAGGCAUGGUUCCCUUUGGUCCACCUCCUGGGGCUUUUGGGGGGCCUCCUCACCCAAUGUAUCGUGGAAGGCCCAUGUCAGAUUAUGACUCAUUUGACUCUGGGUCAGAUUCUGAAAUGCGAGAGCGACAGGCACGCCGCCCUCGAAGACCCAACAGGAGAUUCAGAAGAUCCCGUUCGAGAUCCCGAUCUCCUUCUCGGAAAAAUGAGGCUAUUUGCAUGUAUUAUAUGCAAGGCAGCUGCCAGAGGGGAAAAGGAUGCCCAUAUUCCCAUGACAUUCAGCCACAGCGGAAAAUGGAGUUAUGUAAAUUUUACAUGAUGGACUGUUGUGCCAAAAAAGACAAAUGUCUGUAUAUGCACAAAGACUUCCCAUGCAAGCACUACCACACUGGUGUGAAAUGCAUUUCAUCUGAUAAAUGCAAGUUCAGCCAUGACCCUCUUUCAGAUGCUGCUCGAACUGUUUUAUUGAAGCAUAUUGAGUUGGCCCCAAAGGACAUCCUUGGUGACUUCCCUCGACUGACUAAGGAUGCUGCACAUCUUGUGGUGGCUAUCACUGAAGCCCAUCGGAGGGGAGACCCAAUGGAUGUUGAAAAUAUACCCGGUAUUAUGGAUUUCAAGGGCAGAGGCUUUAAAUAUGUAGAUAAGGCUAUAAAAAACAUAUUCAAGAAACAAGAGGCAAGAAUGAAAAAUAUGCCGAAUGACCAGUCCUACCUUGAGGGUAUGGGGGAGAGGUCCCCUGAACACCACCAGCAGCACCACCACCACCAACCCCACAUGUAUCCCCACCAACACAUGCAUAACCACCAACACCAUCCACACCAGCAUCAACACCCACACCAGCACCAACACCCUCACCCUCACCCUCACUCUCACUCUCACUCUCACCCUCACUCCCACCCUCACUCCCAGCAGCAGCAGCAGCAGCACCAUCCUGAAGAAGAUGGCAUGACUCCUCCCAGACGUACAUUCACGCCACCACUAAAUGAAGAAAGAGGAAGCAGUGAAUCCCCCAAGAAAAGUGCCAGCAGUAGCAGCAGCGUCUCAAACAACCCCCACAUGAAUAAUGCAACAACUGGUAGUCAUAGCCAAGGAGGCCCCAGUGCUAAUAGGAAACUUGGAAGUUUUAUGACGGCUCGUAUGCCUCAGAAGCAACGAGAACUAUUUGAGCGCAUUGAGCAGCAACACUCUGUCCAGCACGAGCAGGAAGACAUAACAGAAGGUGGACUAGAUGAUACACCUAUUAACCCUAACAAUGUCAACUGGUACUCAAGUGAUGAGGAUGGUGAAACACCCUCUACAGGGAAACUGCAAGGGCAGGGACCGAGCUUGAACACAGGUGGUAACUCCCCAGGUAGGACACCACCAUUACGCUCACCAACUGGAUCCUCAAGCACUUUCACAGCCACAGAGAAACAAGGCAAUAGUCAGGACAGUUCUUCAGCACCGCAAAAAGAUGCUUUCUCUGGCAUCAACUUGGAUAACAUCAACAUCUCUUCAGAUCUGGCAAGUGUUUUGUCAGCUCUAAAGAAUCAGAAUGCAGCUAGUAAUAAUAGAAACACCAGUGAAGACCUUGGGAAAGACCAAAGAAUGUCAUCCCCAAGAGGAAAGAAUCCCAGGGAAGUACCAAAAAACUUUAGAGACAUGAGCGUAGAUCAGGAAAUGUCAAGAGGCUCAAGAGAAGGGAGCAGAACCAUUGGGGAUAUGUACAGAGAUUCUCGAGAUAUAAUCCAAAGUCCCAGGGAGGGUGCAGACUACAAUCCAUGGCAAAGAGAUCAAAUGCCUAUUACUGCUCAGCAAGAUCCAUGGGACCACCUCAAAAUGGAUCCCUCAAAAGAUCAACAAAGGAAUUUUCAGGAUAUUCGGGAGUCUCCAGAUGUGGAACGUGAUCAACGACAUAGGAAAAAGGAUGUUGAUUUAAGAGUGAUACCAGGAGUUGAUACUAGAAGUGAGAGUUCAAAUGUGAAAGGUAUGCAUUAUGACACAGACAUGAGAAUAUCAAGUGAAUCAUCAAUAUAUGAUGUAGACUUAAGACAGCUAAGCUUACCUAAUAAUUACCAGAGUGCUGAAGAGGAAAUUAAUACAAUGCCAUUCAAAGUGCCGGUACACACCCCAGCCAAAGAAAUCUUUGCUUCCAUUUCUUCUCAUUCACCAAUGUAUUAUCAGCUUGUCAAAGUGACUAUCCCUAAACCGAAUUUUACCCAUCUGAAAAUAAAUAAAGAUGAUCCAAGAAUUAUGGAAGAUCCAAGAAUUCGAAGGAUGUUAAGAAGAAGCUCCACAGAAGAUGCUUCCAACCGAAGCCCACGGGCACCGUCCAGAUAUGAAAUGGAUGUGCCAAUAAGUCCACCACAAACAAAAGGGGACUUGAAGCCUUCUGAUGCUGAUUCCAGAGAUCCAAGAGUAGGCACAAGAGACCCAAGAAGUGAGGCUCGUUCAGACACGAGAGGUGAGAUGAGAGUAGACCCACGGAUGAAUGUCAGAGUUGAUCCUCGAGUCAGUAACAGAGGUGAUCCAAGAGGUGAUGCUCGAGAUCCACGGACAGAGCAAAUGGGUGAUAUGAGAAAUCAAGACAUGAGAAUGGGUGGAAUGUAUGGAGGUGGAAACAAUUGUGCAAUGAUGGAUGGAGGAAUGCAGUACAUGAACAUGGGUCCAGGUCCAGGUCCAGGUCCAGGUCCAGGUCCUGGUCCUGGUCCUGGUUCAGGUUCAGGUCCUGGACCAAUGGGUCCCAUGAUGGGUCAGAAUAAUAUGAAUCCAAGAGAUAAACCAGGUCUACUUGGCCCUGCCCCAGCACCAUUCUCCUCAGGGUAUCCUUCUCAUCCUCCUCAUAAUAUGGGACCGAGAAUGCCACCUUUCAUGAUGGGUCCAAACAGUGGCUACUACGAUGAUGAAGGUGGAGAUAUGAUGGGAGGUGGGGGAUAUCCUCCUCAGGGUGGCCCUGGCCCAGGAUGGGGCGGUCGAAUGCCAGGAAAUGACCCAAGAUUAAAUCGAGAAAUGGGAGAAGGAGGCAGGUCAUACACGCCACCUCCAGUCUCAUAAGGGAUAUAACCUGUUUAUAUGAGCAUUUCAUUAGGUAAAGAAUAUAGCCUGUGGCUAUUGCUUCCCUGUGUGUUCCAAACCUCUUCACUCUGUGUAGUUAAGGGAUGAGCUAAGGUUGCUAUUGUAUGAUAGGAUGAAAGUCUGUCUGAAAGUGCAAGUCAGAUAGAUACAUAUUGAUUGUUUAUUGUUGCAGUUGCCUGGAACUACUUUGUUUCUUUAAUCAGUAAGUUGCCCCCCCCCCCCCAAAAAAAAAUACUGAUAAAAUGUUGAUAUAAAUAAAUAUUUCACCUUUAGUUAGGACAUCACCAUCUGGUUUCAUGUGGAAAGCAGAAUGAGGUUAGUGACACAGAACUGUGAAAUCAUAAAAAAAGAUCAGACACAAAUUUAAACUAUCGGAAAAGGAAAGAUUGCCCAGUGAAAUCACAUUUCUCAUGAAGCAAGGGGAGGAUCAGACCCUCACAGCCUCCACUAAUCUUUCUGUAUUGCAGCAGACUAUUUCUGAAGGGUCAGACAUUUGGGAUGCUCUCUUUUACACACACGCAUAGCUCAAAUGGUAUGGUUAGAGCACCGCGCUGCAAGACUUCACGGCCAAAAUCUGUAUAGUUUCAGUGGAUCACAGGCAACCACAGUAUUUGAUUUAGAGUGAUAAUCCUCAUGAGCUUAGGCAAGGAUUUGAUUGCCACAGCCACCCAUCGUUUUUAUGUAUUGUAGGAACACACAUGCCAUGCCAUGUAUCUAUGAUAAUGCAUUGGGGGUCACCAACUGGCAAUUAUGUGUAUACAUACAUCCUACAUAACAAACAGUUCUUGGCUUUAUAUUCAUAACAUCACUUUCAGACUACGGGACUUGCUCAUAGGUGUUGAAUAGGCAGACUCUAAAAAGAAGUGUUGGUCAUACUUAGCUGGGGGAGUCCAUAGACUGUUCUGAUCGAUAACUUGCUUCUUCAGUAUAAUUUUUUUCUAUGCCCCUUAUUCUUGAUUGAUAAGGGAACAGGAUAGUUCUGUGGCAGUGUAACAAUAAGAAUUAAAAGAUUUUUUCUUUCUCUCUCUCUCUUUCUUUUCACCUCUUUCUUGUGAAUUUGGAGUGUGUGACUAUAUGAGAAAUCUUUGGCUAAGCUGUACAUAAGAAGCUGGAGGGGAGUGAGCCAUGGUGGCUGAACAAGUACAAAAUAAUGAAGUGCUGUAUUAUGUUACUUUGUCAAUGCUCAAUAGGCAGAGCUGUACAUUUAAUUUCUGCUGAAUUUCAUGUAUAAUCCAUGGAGUAGGAGAUGGUUUGUGCAUUGAUAGAAGCUUUUCUUUAUAACUAAUCUCUCUCUCUCUCUCUCUCUCUCUCUCUCUCUCUCUCUCUCUCUCUCUCUCUCUCUCUCUCUCUCUCUCUCUCGAUGUGAUGAUAUUCUCUCAUUAAAUAGUGAAUUGCGAAGCAUCCAUAACCCAAUUUGUUAUGUUUGUUAUGUUAUUUUUUCUCCAGACUUUAUCAAGCCAAAUGUAUGUAAAGCUCACACACACACACACACACACACACACACACACAUUUAUCUCUGCUGUGAUUAUUUCGAGUGGCAUUGUAAACCUAUGUAUAUAAGUAACCAACUGGAUUUUAAAGUCAUUGUAUAUACCUUGUCCAUUUUUGUUCUUGUUUUAUAUGUCUGUGUUUUGUAUGUAUAUGUGUGGACAUACAUGGUUGAUUAUGUUGAGCUUUUGUGGUCUAGGAUGGAUGUUUGUAAGUAUAUUGUUUCAGGAUUUUUUUCUUUUAAUUAAAGGGAUUUUCAAUACUUUCUCAGCAAGGGAUACUCAUGAUGUGUAAGAAUUUCUUUAGUCUGUAUGCAAGUUUGUUUAGCUCUGCAGAAAGAUGACAUGAGAGGAAAGCAUUGCAUAUACUCAUUAUUGCUCAUAAUAUAGUGAUGUUGUGUACAUACAAGUUGUUUCCAUGUUUUCUUUGUUUAAUAAUGAUGCAGCAAGCUUUAGUACAAAGUGGUGUGAUACCACCCUUUUGGGUAAAAUAACACUUAUUGCCUAAAAUUCAUUGAGUAUAUGUAUCACUAUUUUGGGGGAUAUUUUAAGUGCUUCAGUAUGCAUCUUCAUAUAUUUAUGUACAAAAUUUUCUCUAUCUAUUUUGUAGCAAUCCCUUUUGAGUAUAGGAUUAUGUGUACUGAUUAAGAUCUAACAUUCAUAGCCUUUGUAGCAUGUUCACCACGUGUUCAAAUAAUUUCCAGUGCUAAAUUUGAAGUUUACCAUAUACUAUUACCAAUUUCUUUUGUAAGUUAUGUGCUGGGAACAUUAACUAUAUAUGUGGGUAAUUCACUUACUUGUAUUUUCCCGGAUAAUCUACAAGAUCAUGUGUCCUGGAACUGAA